AUGGAUUCCCUUGUAUUGUCCUCAGGCACUACAACCCCACUCACAAGCACUGCCCAGUCACUGAAGUCAUCUCGACCAAGUACUCCUGCAACUGAACAAGACAUCCUAUUCAGUCGUCCUCCAUCUCCCAUCCGUAUAACUCCAGAUGAGUACGUCCUCGUCGUUGGUGGUCUAGGCUACAUCGGCAGCCACACAACCUGGGAGCUCCUCAAAGACGGAAGUAAUGUCGUUGUUAUCGAUAACCUGAGCAAUGCUUUUGUUAAUGUUCUUGAUACACUCAACGACAUGACGGACCAACGCUUCAGCAACAGUGGUCGUCCAGAUCUUCACUUCUACGAGGCGGACUUUCGAGACAAUACUAAAAUCCAGGAGAUUCUGUCUCGUUACUCUUCACCUUCUGGAUCUCAAAUCAAACGAGUGAUUCACUUUGCUGCAUACAAGUCUGUCUCAGAAAGUAUUGAGCAACCGCUCAAAUACUACGACAACAACGUUGGUGGACUCAUCAGAUUCUGCAACAUAUUAUCAAACUUCAAUAUUAAGAGCCUGAUCUUCUCAUCGUCAGCUACUGUAUAUGGUUCACUCGCAGAUGCAGGUGGACGCCUGGUCGAAGAGUCUUGUGCUCAUACUACAACGGAGUGGCGCGAUGCUAGUGGCCGGGAUCAAACAACUCUUCAGGGGUGCACGGGUCUCACGAAUCCAUAUGGACGAACAAAAUGGAUCUGUGAAGCUAUUCUAUCUGACUUGGCUCUUGCGGAUCCAGAGUGGACUAUCACGGCCUUACGGUAUUUUAACCCAAUUGGCUGUGACGAGUCUGGACGCUUAGGAGAAGAUCCCCGUGUUGCACCGACCAACUUGAUGCCAGUCCUCCUUAAGGUCAUGCUUGGCGAGAUGCACCAACUGCAAGUGUUCGGUACAGAUUGGGAUACCCGAGACGGAACGGCUAUCCGAGAUUUCAUCCAUGUCUCUGAUCUCGCCAGGGGUCAUCUUGCCGCCCUUAGCGUGGAAGAAGGCCAAGGCUUCCAGACCUUUAAUCUUGGUACUGGAACUGGUCAGACAGUGUACGAAGUUGUUGAGGCUAUGAAGGCUGCUUCAGGGAGAGAGAUUCCCGUGCUGAAAGUGGGACGCCGCCAAGGUGACGUCGGAGUUUGUGUCGCCGAUCCUGGAAGAGCUAUGACUCAACUGGGAUGGAAGCCCCAGAAGACUUUACUUGACAGCUGCCAGGACCUGUGCAGAUUUCUGGAGGCGAAUGGGACUAAGAUAAAACCACAGUAA